UUAACAGAGUUCACAUUCGUAGGAGGCACCUGUGCCUGUUGCUGAAAAUGCAGAUAGUGACAGAUAAUGCAAUCAAGCCCUGAUAUCAUCAGCAAUCUGAAUGUUAAUGCUGAGGAAACAAGAGACAGAGCAAGUGAGAAAGAAAGACGAGAGGUCUUUCUCUGACCUAGAAAACUGAAGUUCAGAUGUGACAAAGAUCAGUAAAAGGGGGGCUGGUGGCCAAACAGAUCAAUAAGGGGGCACAGGUAGAACCCAGGGCUGGAGAAGAGACGGCGGCUGAGCUGUGGAGUGCAGCUGGGACACAGAAAGCAGGGAAAAGUCAGGGCAGAGGUAACAAAGGGACAGAGGUCUUAAACAUACACUCACACGCAGCUGGCAGACUCCGGACAGAACACACACGGUCGGUCCUGGUCCUCAGAGGAAUGAUGUGGAGGGUCUGAUCCUCAGAGGAGGUUCAUGUGAAAGACAUCAAAUCAGGACUCAUAAAUUAUAACCGAAACAUCCUGAAACCAUAGUAACAAUGGCAACCAACAACUCAGGCAGCAGUGCAGUGCAUCGCAACCAUGGCAAGACAACCAUCAGCAGGCCGUCUCCCACAGAGAAUGGCUCUAUCAGACAGGAUUCCGGUCACAAAGAAUUUCAUUCAGAAGACAUGGUGCAAUGGGCAAGAGAUGUGGAGAGGAUAAAAGCAGAGGUCAUUGAACAAGUGAAGGUUCAGAUGAGUGAGAUAUUGGACAAAGCACUAACAGAGUCUCUGAAGUCCCUCUCCCAAAGCACACACUCAGAUGCAGUCGGGAGUACAAGCUCACACAUUGAUGAGAAAGCUAGGAGACACAGAAUGGAGGAUGGGAAGGUAUUUGUGGCCAGACGGUCCAUACUUGAUGAACUGUUUGAGAUCAGUCACAUCAGGACCAUCUAUCACAUGUUCAUCGCAGCUCUCUUCCUCUUCAUCAUCAGCACACUGGCAGUGGAUUACAUUGACCAGGGAAGACUGGUUCUAGAUUUCGACUUGUUCUUCUAUGCCUUUGGCCAGCUGGGCACUGUCAUAUGGGCCUGGCUCAUCAUGUUCAGCUACACCUUGCUUGGACCGUACUCUGUUCUUAGCCAGUGGGCAGAGCUGUACCAUCUUAGCCACUGGAAGAUGUCAGUGUCAGUGGCCACAGCUGUGACCCUGUUGGUGGCUCAGAUGGGCUUUUUGGGGUAUUUCCCUGUGUAUGUGGUCCUGCACUACCAGCUGCCCCCAGCAUCGCGUUUAAUCAUCAUCCUAGAACAGAUUCGUUUCCUAAUGAAGAGCUACUCCUUUAUCCGGGAAACAGUUGUGGCCGUCCUCAGAGCCAAACCAGUGCAAGGUGAAGCUUGCAGAUUCCCUACUCUUUCCAGCUACCUGUACUUCUUGUUUUGCCCAACUCUGAUUUACAGGGAGACAUACCCUCGAAACCCCUACAUAAGAUGGAACUAUGUGUGGAGGAACUUUGCAAAGAUUUUGGGCAGUCUGUUUUACCUGUACUUCAUCUUGGUGCGUCUGUGUAUCCCUGUGCUUAUGAACGAGAGCAACAGGCCAUUCAGUACGCGUACUCUGAUCCUGGCUAUAUUCCACUCCACCUUGCCAGGAAUGCUGAUGCUGUUACUGAGCUUCUUUGCGUUUCUGCACUGCUGGCUCAAUGCCUUUGCAGAGAUGCUGCGCUUUGCUGACCGGAUGUUCUACAAAGACUGGUGGAAUUCUACCUCUUUUGCUAACUACUACCGUACCUGGAACAUUGUGGUGCAUGACUGGCUUUAUUAUUACGCCUACCGAGAUUUCCUCUGGCUAUCGGGUCACCGUCUCCGUCCAGUGGCCACACUGUCCGUGUUUGUAGUUUCAGCUGUUGUUCACGAGUAUGCUUUCACCAUGGGCUUCGGCUUCUUCUACCCUGUGAUGUUCUGUCUUUUUGCAGUAAUCGGAGGGGUCUUCAACUUCACUCUGAAUGACAAGCGCAAAGGCCCUGCAUGGAACAUCAUCAUGUGGACGUGUUUGUUCAUCGGUCAAGGUGUGCAGGUUUGCCUGUACUGCCUAGAGUGGUAUGCCCAGGUGCACUGUCCACGUACUGGGACUGGUUUCUGGGAGUUGGUGACACCAAGAUCUUGGACGUGUACUUGAUAAGUGAUGACAUUAUGCCUCUACAAUGUGGGAGUGGUGGAUGUGCUGCCUGGUGAUGAUUUACAUGAGGUGACAUGUAUCAUCAUUUUGACAGGUGCUCCUCUCAUUUAAAAUCAUAUGCCUGUGCCUUACCAUGCGUGAAGCAUCCUACGACAUAAAAGCGCAGAACAAAUCAAUAAUGAACAACAGUGCCAGUGAUUCAUCACAGCUAACAGUGAGAUGAGCCUAAGUUUAUUUAUGGGUCAAUGACAUGCAUUUGUUUGUGUCCAAGUCCGUUAUUGUCCCAUUAAAUAACUUAAUAAAUACAUGACAUAUGUCACUUUAUUCUACUUCUGUUAUGUGAAUAGAUUUCUAGUGCAUCAAAAUAAAAUGGUUUUUAUUCCUGCCAGUCUAAAAAUAUCAGGUGGUGCGUCCGUCCAACCAUAUACACAGAUUAAGCAUUUAAACAUUUUAACAUUGCAAAACAGGACAGUUUUAAAAGUAGUCAGCUUACUGUAAAACUUUUAUUUACAAAUUCUGUUUUCCUCAAAAGUCAUGCAGUGCAACUGACAACAAAGGACUAAUUAUUCUGACAUGCUUUUAAGAAAGAGUGGAGAGAGCACUGCACAAAAAAGACCCAAAUUCCCAAAGGAAAACCAUGAACGUGCGCUACUAAUAUAAUGAUUUAAUAAUAUUUAAUUUACUGAAAAAAAAUAUAUGUAUAACCUUGAGUCCAAGGACAAAAGUUUAUACAUCUGUCCAAGUACAAAAACUAGGUUAUAGAUGUUUUUAGGAGUCACAAAUAAGAUUAAAAUAGAACAUUUUAAACUGUGAAUUUAAGUGCGGUUGUGCUACCUGACAUUUUCUGGGAGGUUCAAUUGGUUAGACUGUUCAAAAAUAAAUUUUUUAUCUUUAUAAAAGCUACGAAACAAAUAUCAAUAGAUUUUUGCAGAUAAAAAUCAUAUUUUUUUAAAUACAUUUUUGUACACUAUUUUGAAAGCCUUAUUUUUUGUUGACUAUUAUGAGACUGAAAGCAGCAUUACACGUUAAACUGUAUGCUUAAUCAAUGAUUCAAAGAUUUUCAAAUUUUCUGCUCUUAUAUGUAGGGCUAUUUACUGAUAUAUUUCUUUCUUUAAUUUAAAAUCUGUAAUAAUUGUACUUGUGAAGUGUGUGAGAGAUGUAUGAGUUAUUCAUGCUUGUUGUAUUCCUCUUGGACUGUUGUAAAUGUAUGUGUGCUCUAUACAGUUACAUGUGGCAUAAACUAUUGAAAUAAGGGAAAGACAGUGAUAAUGGUCUUCAUAACCUGCUUACUGAUCAUUUUUCAUCAGCUUAACUCUGUCUAUGAAACACUUGUCUUGUGCUCCAGUUGUUCUGUAAAAGACAGCACUCAAAAGUGUUUUCACAUUUCUGCAAUAAAGGUCCUGCCCGCAACUGUACUGUUUUAUUAUUAA